AUGUUUUCUUGCAAUUUUUCCAACCAGCUACCUCAGCGGCCACCGUCGUUGCCAUCACAACUCCAGCUGCCGUUAACCAUGAACUCUCGCGAGACACGAUCACGGGCCGAGACAAGGGCCAGGGUGAAGAGAGCGAAGGUUGCCAUGGUGGACAAGCAGAGCCUAGUGAAAGUUUUUUUCCUGAAUGAUGACCAACAAUGGGAAAUUCUAGGCAAGGGACAUGUCUCCACUAUUUAUGUGGAACACCUUCAGGGCAUGUGUCUGCUAGUUCGAUCUGAACCUAACGGCUUACAGAUCUUGGAGUCAAUGAUAAAUCCAGACACACCCUAUCAGAGACGACAAGGGACAUUAAUUGUUUGGUCUGAAGCUGAGAACCAUGGUAUGGCGAUAAGUUUCCCGGACGCAGCAAGUUGUCAUGAGAUAUGGAAAGACAUCUGCCAGGUUCAAGGUAAAGAUCCAUCUACCAAUAUCACACAUGACACCUUAGUUGAAUCCGAAGAUGAGACAUUGGAUGACAUGGCAGAGACUGAUGAAGUGCUUGAGCUGCCUAACUGUGAACUGGGUAAUCUUGACCAGAUUGCUCACUUAAUUGCCUCAGCUCUCACCUCAUCUCUGCGUAAGGAAAGGCUGGUUCUGUUAUUGGCAAAUGAGGACUUUAUUAAAAAUUUACUGCAAUUGUUCCACAUUUGUGAGGACCUGGAGGAUACUGAAAGCUUACAUGAUCUGCAUGACAUUGUUAAAGGGAUGUUAUUUCUCAACAAGGCAUCUCUGCUUGAGAUCCUCUUUUCUGAUAAGUAUAUCAUGGAUGUGGUGGGAUGCCUUGAAUAUGACCCUGCCUUGGCUCAGCCAAAAAGGCAUAGAGAAUUCUUAACCCAAAAAGUGAAGUUCAAAGAAGUUAUACCAAUAAUAGACCAUGAACUUCUGCAAAAAAUACAUCAGACAUACAGGGUACAGUACAUUCACGACAUCCUUUUUCCUAUCCCAUCUAUAUUUGAAGAGAAUUUUCUUUCUGCUCUUACAACUUUUAUUUUAUUAAACAAGGCUGCAAUAAUCAGUAUGCUGCAGGAAGAUGAUAAGUUUUUGUCCACCAUUUUUGCACAGUUAAGGGAUAAGACUACAGAUGAUGAUACACGGCGUGAACUGUUAUUUUUUUUCAAGGAAUUCUGUGCAUUUUCUCAGACAUUACAUUCUGAAAACAAGGAUGCACUAUUCAAAACAGUGACAGAACUGGGAAUUCUUCCUGCUCUUAAAAUUUUAAUGAGUAUGAAUGACUUGCAAAUAAGGUCAACUGCUACUGAUAUAUUUACUUAUCUGGUAGAGUAUAGUCCAUCCACGGUUCGAGAAUUUAUAAUAGAAGACCGACAUAGUGAAGACAGCAUCCUUUUCAUUAAUUUAGUAAUUCAACAAAUAUUCUGUGAUACUGACCCUGAGCUAGCAAGUGCUUUUCAUUUAAUGGGAAUUCUUCGUGCCCUGCUUGAUCCAAAUAACAUGACAACAUCAUCUAGUCACUGUGAAAAAAGUGAAUUUCUACAUUUCUUCUGUAAGCAUUGUAUGCAUAAUUUCUUAGCACCACUUUUGUCAACUACUUCAGAAUAUAUACGUGACAAGGAUAAUAUAGUUGGAUCUGACGAAAACAACAACUUGUGUGCUCUUCGUUUUAUGAGAAGGAUGAUUGGCCUUAGAGAUGAGCUUUUAAAUCGUUAUAUCAUCAAGGGAAAUUUUUUUGAGCCAGUUGUAAAUGCUCUUCUAAAGAAUGGAACUCGGUACAAUAUGUUGAAUUCAGCUAUUGUUGAACUGUUUGACUACAUAAGAACGGAAAACAUCAAAUCUCUUGUUGCCCAUAUAGUUGAAAAGUUUUAUGCAACACUUAAGUCAAUUGAAUAUGUUCAGACAUUCAAAGGAUUGAAGGUGAAAUAUGAGCAAGAGAAAGAGCGGCAAAAUCAAGUAGGGAAGAAUUUGUGUUCUGUAUUGUAUAGUAAAGUAUUUUGCAGAGGUUCCAGUGUCAUAGAGGAGGAGGAGGAAAUGAGUAUUAUUGAAAAUAUAAAGGAAGAAGCAGUUAAUCCACCACCGGAAAGUGAUUUUGAAGAUUAUUUUGAGACUAAAAAAACAAAAGAAAAUGAAGACAAGGUAGAUAUUCCCUCCAAAACAUCUUUUGAUGACUUCAAAUUUACUUCAUCCCAUUCUGCUGAUGCUGCUGAUGGAGCAAGUAACCCAAACCGCAGAAGCGUGAUUUGCUUAGUGGAUUAUUCAGAUGAUGAAGAAGAAGAGGAAGAUGAAACACCUCCCAGCAAAAGACCACAUCUUAGCCCAUAA